UUUUAUAUUUGUUUUUAUUUACAAACCUUAUCAAUAGGCAAAUGUAACAUUUAGGGUAUUCACAGUUUUAUUUAAAUUUGCCAAGUGAAUGUUAUGGAACUCGAUAGAAUAAGAAUUCAAGUCAUAUGAAAAGUUUAAAAUUACGCCACACUUUUCCAAAACUAUUAGUUGAAAAAUAUCUAAUAGGUUCAAAUUUAAAAGCUUUCAACAACACCUUCCUCCUACCACAAAAAAAGAGAAAUAAACGAGACAAAUCUUACUAAACACAGCUUUAAUUAACAACAAUUCAUUAAACAGACGACGAAACACAAAAAAAUACUCAACUAAAACCCAAACAAAAAAUUAAAAAUAUUAAAAAACACCAGCCAGCAAUCAUCAACAAAUUGCCACGGCAAAGGUCAACAUCAUAAUCUGCCAUGAAAUUUGUUGUUCACACAACUAAAAAAUAAUAACAAAAUGAAAUAAAAACACCAGCGUUAAAAAUGAGUGUUAAAAGAAAAACACAGAAGAAAAAGUAGCAACAUAAAUCAAAAUUUAUUUCAAACACUGAAGUGAAGAUGAAUUUAAGACAACUUUAGUAAAAAUUUAAACGCGUACGCAAGCUGACAACACACACCCACACAGGAGCGCAGAGGCAAACUACUUGCAACACAAUCACAAUGGAAACAAAACAAUAAGGAAACAACUAAAAAUUUCAUUAUUAUAUAAUCUGAAAAUAAAGGGGCAAUAACUUUUAAUAUUGGCCACUUAGGAGUUGAAAACGAAAUCACAAAUAACAACUUAAUAAUGUUGCAACUAGAGGCAGACAGACACACAGACGUACCAACAGACAGAUCACACAUUUGUACAAAUGAAAAUAAAUGAAGAAUGUUUAAAAUUACCAAAAUUAUCAUUAUUAUUGCAAACAGCAGAAAAAAAACCUGCCACAACAACGGCAGUAGUAGCAGCUACAAUAACAAGUGACUAUAAAAAAAAAACACAACAACAAGUAGCUUAUAAUAGUUUAUCAUCUAAAGCACCACCACGAGCAGCAGAAGCUGUACAGGCAAGUUGCAACAUCAUCAACAACACCUAGUGAUGAUGUAGUGUCAAUCACUCAAUCAUCAUUCCACAACCACAAUCAUCACAAAAGUAGACAAAACGUACGAAGUAACAAAAAAAAAAAACAACACAACAACAGCAAUAAUAACCUUGCAGUCACACAUCCAAACACUUUGCAACACAAUUGUUAUAAUGCAUUUUUAACCUUCUCAUCUUCUUUGACUUAUUGCAGUUGCUGUUGUUCUUGUUAUUGUGGUCGCCAACAACGUGUGCUAAUGAUCAAAUUAUUGCUCCAGGCAAUUGCCGACAACGCAUUUAUUGCUAAUGAUAGUUUUAGAUAAAGUGUCAGUCAAUCAGUCGCUGCUGUUGCAACUGUUGCCUCUUCAAUUACAACUUCUAUUAGUUAAACUCAUCGUACUCACGCUUAACUAACGCAUUUACUCACUCACUCACUCACUUACACGCAGACCGGUUGAUGAAGUUUCAAUGCUUUAUCAUUUAAAUUGUAAUUCUGCCGUUUCUUUUGUUGCUGAUGAUGAACUAAUGUCACUUAAUCCACCAUCAUCAAUGCCGUUUAUACAAGUUAAACAGGAAUUUAUGGGGAAAGAUUAUCGCCAACAGGAAUGUAAAGUUUUAGUAGCAACAACAACAAACACAGCAGCAGCAUCAAUAAUUAUGGAUAUUAAUAGUGAGGAAUUUAAUGAAAUUAAAGAUUUUUCUACAAUAAAUGCUUCAAAUAGUUGGUAUAUAAACCCAAAUAAAAGCGAAAAUAUCAACCAAAGUACAAAUAUGGAAAUUUCGAAUAAAAUAGAACAUAUAAAACAGGAACCCCUUGAAAUUGAAGGUAAUGAAAAUCUAAAAGAUGAAAAUACCUGCAAUGCGAAAAGUUACAAACUAGAUAAGGAAUAUACAACAAAUCAAGAUAUAAAUAGUUUUAAAACCAAUACUCAACCAAUCGAUAAAAUUUGUGAUGAUCAUGAAAAGAUUAACCACCAGAAUAAGCUUACAAAUGGCCACUUAGCACAUAGUAUGAAACGUAAAAACGAACUUUAUUUUAAUCAAAAUGAUAUAAAACAAUUUUCUCAUAAAUACCCAAUAUAUGAACCAAACUCUUUUCAAAGUAGAGAAAAUCAAAAGAAACUUUUCCACAAACAAACAUUUAAACAAGAGAAUUUCCACAAUCAUGACAAUAUUUUAAAUAUUAAUGAAUUAAUUAAACAUCAUGUCAACUCCUGGCAUCUUGAACGUAAUUCUAACCAAUUAAGAGAACAAUUUUCUAAAUAUCUACAAAAUCCUUUGCAAGCAUUCAACUCUCCAGAAUCAUUUAUAAACUCGGAUGAUAAUUCCACUUUAACUUGGUCACAAUUGCUAUCAAGCCAAAUAAUGCCAAUUUGCUUACCAAGAUUGACAAAUGAAAAUAGUAGCAACGUUGCCACCUAUUUGGGGCCACAUUUAAAGGAAUACAAUGAAAAAUUAACAGAACGUGAUUUGAAAUCACAAAUAACACCACCCCAAUCACCGUUAAAUAUUUUACCGGCAUUUUUAUUACCCACACCAAUUGUACUACCACAACAGUCAAGACAAACAAGGACACCAACGCCAACAACUAAUACAACAGCUGUUAAAUCUUAUGUGAUGGCAGAGCAGCCAGUAAACCAUACUGCUAUUGCUACACACUCAUCUCCAAUGUCUUGUACGGAGACAAGUGAAAUAAAGGCAAACUUGGAAGCAAUUAAUAACAUCAAUUCCUUGGAUGGCCAGCCAUUGUUGUUACAUAAAACUGUCGACACUUAUACUGAGACUGCUGCUACUGCUAUUAAUAAACACAAUGACAACUUUAACGUUGCGAUUAAGCAAGAGCUUGAGGACAAGGAGGCAGCAGAAAUUGAAAAUGUCUAUACUACUGCUAAACAACAACAACACGAAAGAGAAGUAUUACUCUCUGACAUGGAAUCGAAUACGAAAUGCAUGCAGUCUGGCAUGUCUGCUGUAACAAAGUCAUUAACCCAGAAACAGCAAAAACCAGACGACAUACAAAAAAAUGAAGAAGUAGAAACUCAUACUCCAGAAACUUACACAACAACAGCAACAAAACAAAAAAACAACAAUACUCAUGCAAACAUAAAACAAAUACAAACAUCAACAACUUCUCCACAGCAGAGGAAACAGCAGCAGCAGGAACAUCAUCAUCGCCAUCAUCAGAGUCUGUGUUACGAGACACAUCUACAAACGAAUCUUGUAAUGCCACAAGCAUUGUGUGAGCCACCUAGAACCCCAACUCCACUACAACAACAGCAACAACUUAAUACUUCAACAUCCUUUGGAGAACAAUUAUUAUUUGUGCGUAAUUUUCAUGAGAGAGAUCGUCUAAUACGAGAGCACCAAUUAAGACAACAUAUACUUGGCAAUAAAAACUAUACAAGAAGUCUCAGCAGCAAUUGCCCUUUGGAAACUACUAAAGAAGCUGCAAUUAGUGGGUGUUUUAAUGCUGCUUUUAACUCACGUGUUUUAUCCGCAAUACCAACAACUUUCCCAACACCAAACAACAGAUUGCAACAUUCAGAAACAUUGCUAAACCUAGACAGUUUUAAUAGACCCAGCAAUAACAACUCUUUACGUUUAAGAGAUUUUACCAAGGAUGUAGACAAUAAUGCUGAAACAAACACCAACCCUUCAUCUAGUUUCCACCGUAAUUGUACUAAUUGUCAUGGCGCUGUCUACAAUUGUGGGGACCAUCAUAAUGAUGGUUGUAUCGAAAUUGUCAAAACUGCUGCAACUACUAAUGUUUGUGCAGCAAAAUCAUCUCUUUCUCCGUCGUCUGCUACUGAAAGGAAGGAUACAAAAAUCAGUCAUUCUUCAUUGACUUCAAGGAAGUCAACAUUUUUGUCCGAUUACAUAUGCUCUCCAGCUAGAAGUGACAACGAACUGGGGAAUAAAGCACAAAAUUCAUCAAAAGAUGAUUCAAGAUUAUUGGAUAACUCAUCGCCUCCUUAUUUAAAAACGGAAAUAUUAGAUGAUAAUGAGGUAGAAGAGCUUCAUCAUCAACAGCUUUCAAAUAAUCACCAUCACUAUAAUCAUCAUCAUGUUAAACAUGAUGACGAUGAAGAAGAAGUGGUCGAUCGCGAACAUGAUGAACAUCAUCAUGAAUCUGUGGAACAACAAAAAUUAACAUAUCUGAGACACAUGUCAAAAUCACCUUCACCCAUACGUUCAUUAUCAGGCUUCUCUUCUUACCACGAGCCCCAAGAUGAUCUUGAAAAAUAUCGCACACCCUCACCCACCAAUUUGAGCAAUAAACGCUCUCGUGAAUUGGAUUCUGAAAUGGAAAAUGAAGUUCUGAAUUUAGCUCGUCAUACACCGAAACGUGUAGCUAGAUCACCUUCACCCAUUACUGAAAAAUCGGCCAACUAUGAAACUGAAAAUCCCUUAAACCCAAAUUCUCCUAAUCUAUUGUCAGCUCUGCAAAGUCCUUUGGCUCCCUUGUUGCUACAAAAUCAAUUGGGUUUGGCUGCAGCAGCUACAUCCUUGAAACCCGAAGAAAUGCAACAAGCCUUCCAGUUGCAAUUACAAGGUUAUAUGGAAAUGAUGCGCCAAAUGUCACCUGAAAAUCCUGCAGCUGCUCAAUUUUUGCUGCAGAAUUCUUUACAAGCCAUGUUGCAAUUACAAGCUUUACAACAAAUGAAACAACAGCAGCAGCAGCAACAACAAGUACAAGAGGAGAUAUUGCGCAAGAGUCCUUUAAAUGAAUUGAAAAACUAUUCUACUCCUCAAGAUAAAUCGCCUUUGAGAAGUCCUUCUUUGAGUCCAGUCUCCAGACAUGGCAGUGCUCGUUUACAAACACCUAAUGGUACACCAGCCUCUACCAACCAACAAACCACACCACCAAAUUCAGCCAAUUUGCCCAUGAGCCUGAGCAGUGCUGCUAUGACUCCUAAUACUCCUGGUAUGCCACCAGCUUUUCCUUCCAACUCUCUAUCACAGGCAGCAAUGACAUACUCCAGUACUCCCCAAAACUCUAAAGGCUCUGGUGCUAAUACUCUCUCAAUGACAGCACGCACUCUAGAUCAAUCUCCCGAAGAAACCACUGAUUUAGAAGAACUCGAACAAUUUGCUAAAACUUUCAAACAAAGACGUAUUAAAUUGGGUUUCACUCAAGGAGAUGUAGGUCUAGCUAUGGGCAAAUUAUAUGGCAAUGACUUUUCACAAACCACCAUUUCCCGUUUUGAAGCCUUAAAUUUGAGUUUCAAAAAUAUGUGUAAAUUGAAGCCUUUACUACAAAAAUGGUUGGAAGAUGCUGACAAUACCGUAUCAAAACCAGGUGGUAUUUUUAAUCUUACUGCCAUGACUUCUUCCGCCCUUACUACCCCGGAAAAUAUUAUGGGUAGGCGCCGUAAGAAGCGCACCUCGAUUGAAACCAAUGUUAGAACUACUUUGGAAAGAGCUUUCAAUAUUAACUGUAAGCCCACCUCAGAAGAAAUUAACCAAUUGUCUGAACAGUUAAAUAUGGAUAAGGAAGUAGUUAGAGUAUGGUUCUGCAACAGAAGACAAAAGGAGAAGAGAACUAAUCCUUCCCUAGAUCUUGACAGCCCUACUGGCACUCCUCUCAGUAGUCAUGCAUUUGGUUAUCCUCCACAAUCACUUAAUCUUACCUCAGGACUUGAAGGUUCCUCUUUGUGUGGCAGUUCUAUAAGUUCUCUCUCCCCUCACUACAAUGGCAAACAAGAAUGA